AAAUAAAAAAUUAUUCCCCGCGGUUCGCGUCCACGUGAACACAUUUCAGCAAUGUGAUUCAUAAAGUUAUUAGAUAAAAAUAAAGUCAAAUCCGUGUUUUAUUUGUUCAAAAAUUAUAAAUUUAAUAAGAAACUGCUGCAACCCUAAAAUUUCAAUAAUAACUAAAUCAGACAGUUCAAACAGUGUUUGUGCGUUGGCAAUACGACGCGGUUCAGCAUGUGAGGUUAAAGCAGAUAAACAGAAAACAGCAAAACAAACUUUCAAGAUAAUUUAAAAACAGUGAUCAGCUUGAGAAGUGCAGCAUAGUUUACUGCAGCUUUCUUUAAAGACACUUUAUAACACGACAUUAUGGAUUCACGUAUGCUAAAUGUGUUUCACGAGGAUCCUUUCGAGGGGAACUUUGUUAAAUAUGAUCCAGAGCCAAAUUUCUGGUCAACCAGUGAUGAUUUACAGUUAACUGAUACACUCAAUGGGAUCCUGCCCAUUGAGCCGACAGAUGAAUCGUUGCUCAGCCAAAAUGAAGCCGAGCAGCAAUUGCAGAACAGAAAAAACUUGCUCAUCUACAGCGACUUUGUGGAGCAGCAGCUGAGCGAUGAUACCAAUAUGCUCAAUGGCCAGGUCUAUAGAGGCAUCACAGGCUGCGAUGCUGAGGCGGCCUUCGAGCAGCAGCGGCAGAUCAGCCUGCUAAUUAAUUCGGAUGACGAACACCUCGAUCCAGACGGUCGUGGGCUUGGGGACGAUGAUGUACAGAGCCAGUGCAGCAAUUCCACAUUUCGUACGCGCACCGACAGCUCUUCUAUAGGAGAUUAUGAGUCACACUCCAGUGACUACGAUGACGUCGAUGAGCGCCUGAUGCCCACAGAUGUAUUCGCAAUGAACCACGCGGAAAGUAAGCGACGUACCCUGAGCACAAAUACCGUUUGCUCUGAAGCGGAUGCCCUGGGUCUGAACAUUGAUGUGAAUAACUUUGAUUUGGCUGACUUUAUCACCAAAGAUGAUUUCGCCGAUACGAUUAAUUCGUUGCGUCCGCGGAACGUUCAACAUGUCACAGCUGUGCCCGUGGCACCAGAAACUCCUAUCAAAUUACAAACCGAAUUAGUCCAAGCUAAGAAUCCGCAAGUUCUUACAGCUGAGAGGCAAGCCGCAGCGCUGCCUGCUCCUGUGAUCAUAACAUCCAAGAGUCGUGACUCCGAUUACGAUUCGGACUCAAUCAUCGAUGUGGAGACUGUCGAUGUGAUUGAUGUGGAUGAGUCUCUGUGGGUGCGCAGUCAAAUGGACGCGCCCAUCGCCACUGAUGAUUUGUGCUAUGUGGACAAUGUUAAAGCCGAUCCGUCCUGGUGUCCCAAGCAAGCGCCUAAGCGUAUGAGUGGCGCAGAGCACAAAGCGGCGUCGGCUCAGAAUCAAAAUUCAGCCAAGGCAACGUGCGUUGUAGGCAAUCGUCCUACCCAAGCAGCUCCGACUUCACAGGCAGUCGCUAGCACAGCGAAGCCAAAGACCAGCCACAACAUUUGUUUGGUGCCUAACAAGAAACAAUGCGAUUUCCUGAAACGUAAAGUGGGCAACAAGGCGGCUGGCACAGUCGCGGCCAGCAAGUCCAAAGUGUCGGCUAAGAAAAUACAAGAGGCUACCAUCAAACCUUCCCCAACUGGGAGGCAGCAGCAGAACCAGCACCAGCAGCAGCAGCAACAGCAAGCUAUAACCAAACCAACGGAGACGGAGAAGAAAACAAUUAAUACUGGUUUGGGUCUGGGGGGCAAGAACUUGGCUUUGUUAAAGCAUGAGCGCGAUGCGGCCAAUACCUCCAUCAAUGCAGAGGCUGCAACGCCGGCGCCCAAGCGCAAACUCAAUUUAGAGGAGUACAAGAAGCGCCGCUGCGGUACAAUUGUUACAUCAUCCAAAACGGUGGCGGCGCCGGCUGCCAUGCCUGCCAAGCAAGUAAAAGUGGAGCCCGGCAAGGUGGUGCCACCAACAACACCUAUUCAGAAGGCGCAACAAUCGCCGCACAAAGCAGCCAUCAGCAACAUUAUCAACAGUCUGAAGCAUCCGCCAUGCGAGGCAGCAGUUCCAACAGAUCCCAUCACUGUGGCCAAGAACAAGGUGCUACGGAUGCUGGAGAUGAAGCGAGCACAGCAGCUGAAGAUUAUUGAUUCGCGGGUGUCUGCGAAGGUGCCCAGAGUGACGAAACUGCCGCCUCUCAAAGAUAUUGUUAAGGACACCUACUGCAUGGAGGCUGAGCCCGAGACGGACGCAGCGCCCACAACGCAAGCCGUGGCCAGCAGUAAGCUGCAGGCGGAUUAUGAAGAGAUUAUCAUUGUUUCGGUUAGCUGUAACACGGACAUUACGAUACCGCCGCAUCAGGCGAGUGUUGCGCUUAGAGACAACAAGACAACGACAGCCUCAUCGCGCUCAUUGUUGAAAUCCUCGGUUCUGCUGUACAACAUCUCCAAUGGCAAUGAUGCGUGCAAGGACAUGACCAACUCGCUGAUAGCCAGCAUACAGAGUGAGGUGGUUAAGCAAACGAAUUGCGAGGCACUGGCCACACCGACAGUAGCCACAGCGGAGGCUGCAGAUAAGAAUGGACAGCAUGGCGAGGAUAUGGUCAUCAUGCAUCUGCCCAAGAAUCGGGUCCGCAAGCGCAUGGUCAGCAUGGGUACACAGACUGAUCUGCAACCCGAAUUUCCAUUGUUGACAUUGCCGACGGCACGGCAAUCGCGUGAUCGAACGCGUCGCUCUUAUCGCAAACGUCACAUCGAAGGCUCUGCACCCAAUGAAACCAGCUGCAGCUCAUCCUCGUCCUCCACGUGCAGCAGCAUGGCCUCAUACCGCUCACGCUCCAACUCCAAUUCCACGGAACGCUUGCGGCAUUCGGAUGCAAUGGCAGCCUGUGGCAGCAGUAUUGGUGGUGGCGGCUACUCGUCGCGCAGCACACGUCGCCAUCGUAGCUCGGUGAGCUCCUCGUCCAAUUCGGAAGCUGGAAAAUACGAGCGCCAGCAGCGACAGCGUCGCACGAGUUACAAUAAACGCCGAUCGAAAAAUCAGACGCGCGACCGUUGCUCCACAUCGGGCUCUGAGUUCAGCGAUCGUGAUCGGAGUCGCAGUCCGCACAGACGUUCGCGUUCGCGCUCCACAUCAGCCACUCGCUAUGGUAGUGGCAACAACAACAACAACAAUAGGCGUGGCUAUGCCGAUCGCAAUGUAUCGCAGCCAGCUGUUGAGGAGCGUCGCAUUGUCUAUGUGGGUCGCAUUGAGGCGGACACCACCAAGGAGAUGUUACGCCGGAAAUUUUUGCCCUAUGGCAAUAUCAAACAAAUAACCAUACACUACAAGGAGAAUGGCAUGAAGUAUGGCUUUGUGACCUUUGAACGUGCGCAGGAUGCUUUCACGGCCAUUGACACGAGUGCCAGAGAUGCGCAAAUCAAUAUGUACGACAUUAGCUUUGGCGGACGGCGCGCAUUCUGUCGCGCCUCCUAUGCCGAUUUGGACAAUGCGGGUAUCAACAACUACCAUUCGUAUGUGUUCCCCACUGCAGCACCAGCUGCACCGCCGCAGGAGGAUUCGUUUGAAGCUCUGCUGUUGAAAGUUAAAGCAAAGUUAAAUGCAGGCAAACCAGCUGCAGGAACAGCACCACCACCAGCAGCUGCAACGGAAACCGCAGCUAUUGCCGCAGCGGAUGGCAGCAACAGCAACAAAGCUAACGAAUCGAUCAAUAGUUUGAUUUGACAGCUUUAUUGUAAUUUGCAAAUGGAUUUGGUUUUAUACUUAUGAUUGAACUAGCCACCAAUAUUUUGAGUUUCGACCCCGUAUCCAUCCCCAAAAUAUUCUUUGAUGUAGAUAUAUAUGUAUAGAGCAUGAAUUUCAACCGACGAAAGCCUGAUUAUCAUUCAUAAACACUUUCAUUAUUUAUUGUAAACUAGUUGACAAUAGCAUUGCAAACCAUAUGAAACUCGUGCCACUGCAGCCGAUCGGUGAACGGUUUCAACAAUCUACAGCGAAUUGAUAACAAAUAUGGAAAUUAUAAAUGGAAUUGUGAUAAAAAAAAAAUACAAAGUCAUUGAUUGCAUGUAAGUUAGCUGAAGCCACAGACCGCAAUUAAUGAUGUAAAAAAAAAAAAUAAAAAAAAAAAUAGAAAAAAGAAGGAGAAUAAUACAACAAUAGAUUGGAAAUU